AUGUACGCCGAUCGCGUGUCCCUGCUCGUCGCGUGCUGCCUGCUGGGCUGCGGCGCCGCGCGGAGGAGCGGUCGCGAGGACGCGGCCACCCUGGAGCGCAUCGCCGGCGCGAGGUGUGCGUCGCGCUGCCUCGCGCUGCACAUGACGCAGCUCAGCGCUCGUUUCACGCAUCUGCAGAACGAUGAAGUCUUGGUCUGGUGUGAGAACCACAGAAGAUGCUCUCAGUGCCUCCACCCGUGCAAGGAAUUAUGGGAAACAAAGAGAAGAAGCCUCUCUCAGAAGGCAUGUGAGAAGCACCACGAGUGCGCCACCAGCGCGGCCUUCCUGGGCUCCCUGCGCACGCAGAAGCAGGGGGACUGUCCACCCACGGCCAGGGCCUCGGGUUUCGCCGCCGCCUGCGUGGAGAGCUGCGCCGCCGACCGCGACUGCCCCGGCGCCAGGAAGUGCUGCCCCAACGGUUGCGGUCACACCUGCCAGGCCCCCGCCAACCUGUACCAGGGUGUCCCCUUGAGACCCAGAAGAGACAUCACUUUCCUGGAGGACCAGCACGGUUGGCUCACGGUCUCCUGGGUGUCCAGGUUCAACGUGUCUGCGGAACCCGUGCUGUACAUCCUGCAGAGACGCUGGGACCAGGGGAUCCGGCCCAGCGAGGACCCGGCCUCCGACUGGCAGACCGUCCUCAUGACCAUGGAGAACCAGGCUGUGAUGAAAGACCUGAAGCCCCACAGGUGGUACCAGUUCAGGGUGAGCGCCGUCAACAGCCAGGGCACCCGUGGCUUCACCGCACCCAGCAGUCACUUCCUCUCCUGGCGAGACCCGUCGCCCCCUGCAAAGCCACAGAACCUGCGGAGGGCAGAACUGCGGGAGCGGCCGGACGGCAGCGUGAGCGUCCUGGUCCUCUGGGACCCCCCUAAGGAGGACGAGGUGGCCGUCCACCACUACAGAGUGUCCUGGAGGGCCUGCAAGGGUCGGCGGACAGGCCGGGGACGAACGGAGCGUGUCAGGGUGACUGAGGGGGCCGUGUGCGAGAUGGAGCUGCGCGACCUGCGGCCGGACACAGCCUACGUGGUGCAGGUACAGGCCGUCGCCUACGGGGGGCAGAAGAGGAUGAGGAGCAGCAGGUCCCAGCUGACCUUCGCCACACCGUCGCAGGCAACGGAAGCCCCGAUGGUACCAUCUCACAGCAGGGUUACGGGGCAGGCGUCCAAUGAGCUGCCCUCGUCUGGCCCCGCCCAUAACUCCGCCCGGAGCCCCGCCCUCAGACUGGAGGCUGCCGCCCCCCACUACCACAGCCAUCGGCUGCGGGUCAAAGUGCACUGGAGGAGGCUCCGCCCAGAGACUGUUAAGGAUUCCUCUACAUACCGUCUCAGGUGGUCCCCAGAGGUGUGCGCUCACAACGAGACGAGGAGCGAGAGGACGGCCAUCGUACAGGGAACCCACUUUGUCAUCACCGACCUGCUCUUUGCCUGCAAGUACAGGGUAGCGGUCAAGCCCCUGUCCGGACAGAGUCAAAGGUCAGAGGCCGUGACCUCGGUGAUUACGCCCCCUUGUGGCACCCUGGCGGGCAGCGGGGCAAAGUCAGUGUCCUGUGCCGGGGAGGAGCGCCACCCUCUGGUCGCAAAGGUGCCGCUGCGGCCGGAGAAGCUGACGGCCGCCUUCCGUACGAUCGACGGCUCUCUGCGGGGCGAGUUCGGCUGGCGCCUGUCCCACGCCGGACCAGGACGGGGUCCUGUCGCCGGGCUCCGGUUCUCCCUGUCCCCUCUCCCCCCCGACUCGCUCGCCCCCCACACCCAGCUCUUGCCCCCAGAUCAGAACUUCCUGACAGUGGAGAACAUUAGGCCUCAGAGCGUUUAUGAACUGCAGCUCCAGAUUCUGUCAGCAGGGGGCAGUGGUGUCUCUGUAGUGAAGACCCUGCACACACUGCAGAACGUUCCAGAAGAGGAUCAGGUCACGGUGCCCACAGUCUGCCAUGACUCACAAACAAGGCCUUUUAUUGACUUGUCUGCGGACGAGGUCACCUUAGCGUGACGAUGGGAUGCUGUUUCUGAUCUUGCCACAAUAAGAAACAGACGUUGCGCUAUUAGAGAGCACACAUACAUUUUUGGCUUUAAUAUUUAAUAUUUGUUUUUAAUGCAUAGCAUAACCACACACGUGCAGUGUUUCUUUGUACUUCCGAAAUUGUUUCUGGUUUUGAUGGGAAACACCUGUAUGCGUUUCUUACCGUUUUUGGUCAGUUUACUAGUGUAUUCAGUGUAACUUAUUUUAUAUUGACGUGUAAAGACCCAGUUUGGUCAGCAGGUCUCCGGUGUAAAUCCAUCCAACCACACUGAGUGCUUCUCUGUCACGUUUUUACCUUGAGGGACUGUCAUACACCCGCCGUCCUACAUCCUUAACCACGUUACACUACUGUAUGUUGGCCUUUGUUCACCAGUUACAGCAGUAUGGUUUAAAGCAUAUUUCUUUGUAUGUUAAAUUAUUUUAUACGAGGGCUCAUCGCAGCGGGAAAUAAAGUCAGACCUCAAACAGA